AUGGCGACUCCGACUCGCCGCAUCGCCUUCGCUCUCUCUCUCCUUCUCUCUGCUCCUCUUUGCUCUGCUCUCCCUGGAGCCCCAGCAGACCACAGCUUGCUGCUGCAUGACAAACAGCUGCCCUCUGCCCAACCCCUCAUGCACAAACUUGGGAUCUCAAGACUUUUCGCCUCUCGUACAAGGCGAGUCGAGGAGGCGAAGUUGUUGGCCCUGACAUUUUUUGCAGCUCUGCCGCUCCUCCUAAUCUCCAUCCCCCCUCCCCUCCCUCUCAGACGGUCAACGACAUGCGAGGAGGAGCAGGCGAAGGAGACAAGAUGGUCUCUGCUGUCCUCCUCAUCGCUGGCUCUGCUGUGGGAGGAGGCUUCCUCGCUCUCCCGAUUCAUACCCUCAGCCUUCGGCAUGGUCGUAUGCUGGAUGUACCUCGUGGCACAGGUGAAGAUGAGAAGGAUGGGAGGGAGGGCGGGGAUCAAAGGAGGAGGAGGUGGUGGUGGUGGUGGAGGAAGAGGAGGAGGAGGUGGUGGUGGUGGUGGAGGAGCUGACGUCGAGCAGGGGCUGGUCGUUGCUGAGCUCUCGUUGCGAGCGAUGAGGAUCACGAGGAGGAGCACGGUUUCUAUCGAUGCCAUCGCGUCGCUUGCAGGAGGGCGUCAGCUGGCAAACCUGCUGGGCGUGUCCUGGCUGGUGCUGCAAUGGGCGUCGCUGACAGCGCAAGUGUCUCGAGGAGGAGGUCUGAUCGCCAAGCUCCUCGGCCUUCGCUCCCACGCCGCCGGCUGCCUCCUCCUCUCCCUCGCCUUCCACGUCAUCGUGUUGGGCCCCGACUGCUCCUUCCGGUCGGGGAGCGUGACGGAGGGGGUCAACAACGUGCUCACGAUGAUCUUCCUCCUCUCCCUCCUGGCCAUCAUCGGCAUGGGAGCAGGGCAGGCGAACUUCUCGCGGCUGCUCGUCUCCUCCUUCAGCCCCCGAGAAGCUCCUGCUGCAGAUGCCCAUCAUGCUACAGAUUCUCAUGUACCUCCAGGUCGUCCCCACAGUCUGCAGCAUGCUCAACGGCAAGCCCGACCGCAUCAGGAUUGCGGUCCUCGUCGGCUCCCUCCUCCCCCUUCUCGUCUGCCUCCUAUGGAGCGCCGUCGGCAUCGCGCUCGUGCCCUCCAACGGCGGCGCUCUCUCCAUGGACCCCGUUGA